CUCUGGGCUGUGGCAAUGGAGCUGAGCUCCCACCACCUCCAAGAGAAGCUGCAGCAUGACCUGGAAGCGGAGCACGUGGAGGUGGAGGACACGACUCUGAACCAUUGCACCACCAGCUUCCGAGUCCUGGUGGUGUCCACCAAGUUCGAGGAGAAGCCAUUGCUUCAGAGACACUGGCUGGUAAACGAGUGCCUAGCGGAAGAGCUCCCGCACAUCCGUGCAUUUGAGCAGAAAACUCUGACCCCAGAGCAGUGGGCCUGGGAGCAGCCGAAAUGA